AUGCGACCAGACGGCCCAAGGGAUGACUUCGCCGGGCCCGAUACUGGGCCAGAGUCCCCGUUCCCCAUCCGGAUGUCGGGGCCAGUGAUCAAGGGCUUCGGAAGAGGCAGCAAGGAGGUGAGAAGACGCCCUGCACACUUAUGCUUCUGCCCGGUGCUUUGGCUGCUGUUCUGUAUUGCCCUUGGUAUUCCUACUGCAAACAUCCCCGCUGAGACGCUGUCAGAGUAUCCCGACCUCCAGCUUGGUGUAUACUACGGCGUUGCGGCCCUGGACCCGGCACAGUUCAAACAUACCCGUACUGAAAGUGAUGCUGCUGAUGAGCCAGCGCAUACCGGCACUGACAUCUUUCCCUGCGUACUGAGCAUCGGCUAUAACCCAUUCUACAAGAAUACCGUCCGCUCAGUGGUACGCAUACAUACCCUGUUACUUCUUCCAGCUAUGAUUAACUAUCAAUUGCUAACUGAGUCCCAGGAAAUUCACAUCCUGCCUCAUCUAUCUAUGGAGUCAUCUCCGAUUGCUGCUGAUACAUCUGGGCAACGUCCGUUAUUUCAUCAUUUCCCUGAUUUUUAUGGAACGGCUCUUAACUUGCUUAUUCUUGGCUACAUCCGACCUGAGUAUGAUUACGUUAGCCGUGAAGCCUUGAUUGACGAUAUCCGGAUCGACUGUGAUGUGGCCAGACGUAGUUUGAAACGAAAGGCAUAUGCUGUCUUCUUGAACGACGUUGACUCUUCUGACGAAAAAGCCAACGAGGCAAGGCAAUGGCUUAGGAAGUUUUAG